AUGUGUAUGUGUGAGAGUGAGAGUGUGCGUGUGCGUGCGUGUGUGUGUGAGUGAGAGAGUGUGAGAGUGUGAGUGUGCGUGUGUGUGUGAGAAACAGCGGUUUCAGAGGAACUGAAACGUGAGUGCGUUUUCGGAAUGGAUCAGUGUUUGGUUAUAAGAGUGUGAUUUUCGGCUGUUUAUUGCGUUUAAACCUGCGGAGGAAGCGGAAAAGGACAGAAAACUAAAGAAGAACUCCAGAUAACCGAAAUCCCGAAACACGUCAACAGACAGAUGGACAGAUGAAAGGAUGGAGGAAAAGACAAGAGGAGCAGAUGGACAGAAUGGUGGAUGAGCAGACAGACACAAGCAAACACAGACAGUUGAUCAGAUGGAUAAUGACGGUUACGUCCUCAGUAUCCCCGUCCCGGUGAUGCUGCAUGGAGGCUCCGACUCGAACCUUUACUCCUCGAGAGACCUGCAGCAGAAGAUCAUGAAGGCAAAGGAGCAGCUGAGGGUGGAGCGCAUGGAGCAGGACGGCAACGUGGCCGAGUUCCUCAAGCUGGUCAACAUGGCCGAUAAGCAGCAAGUGGCGAGAAUCCGGCAGGUGUUUGAGAAGAAGAACCAGAAAACCGUGCACAACAUUAACCAGUUACAGAAGAAGCUGGAUCAGUACUACAGACGCAUGAAGGAGAGUGAGAACAACAACAACAACGGACCCUCCAAAAACAGCAGCCCUAAAGAUGCCGCUAAAGCUCAGCCCAAAGAUGCUCCCAAGGACACGGCGAAGGAAGUGAGCAACAGCGGGCGCCAUAACUGUCUGGACAAAUUAAAGCCCAGCGCUCCCACAGUGCUGCUCACACCACCGUCCUUCUUCAACAAGCCCAGAGAGUUCGCCAAUCUCAUCCGGAACAAGUUCGGCAGCGCGGACAACAUCACACAGCUCAAGACCUCGCUGGAUGAAGGUGGAGGCCGGAUGCUGAGUGGGAGCGCCACCAUCGUGGGCCAAGCAAAAUUCCACAGCGACGACGACGAAUACUCCACAGGAACCUCAGCUUCGGCGGACAGUAACGGAAAUCCUGCAGUCCACAAACACGACCACACCGUCGACUUGAUGCUGGAGGAGCUUCAGGAGAUCCGUCAGUCCCAGCUCCAAUUCGCCAAAGACAUGAACCUUCUGAAGGAGAACAUAAAUGGAGACAACUUCCUCACACAAAGGCUCGAGGACGAAAGAGACAGGGUGGAGCGUCUGGAGGAGCAGCUCAAUGAUCUGGUCGAACUUCACCAGCAUGAGAUGUCGAAUCUUAAGCAGGAACUAGCCAGCAUCGAGGAGAAAGUGGCCUAUCAGGCAAACGAGAGAGCCAGAGACCUGCAGGAGGUGUUGGAGUCGUGUAACUCUCGACUGUGUAAGUUGGAGCAGCAGGUGCAGGUGGUUCAGGUGGAGACUGAGGGUGUGUUUGAUCGUAAGCUCCUCCCCAAAAUCAUUAACGUGCUGCUUGCCGUCGUCACGCUGCUGCUGGUGUGCGUUUCCACCGUGACCCGCUGCAUCAGGGCUGGGGUCCGGAGCCGAACCCAGCUGCUGGUGACGGUGUUCAGUGCAGUGCUGAUCGCUCUGGUCUGGAGGAGUUACGAGAGACUGAGCACUAACACAGAACCGCAUCUGCAUUCUCACCCAAAUACUGAACUCUGAAACCUCUGUAAGGAGAACCGGACCUGAACCUGAAUCUGGACCCAGAACUCUCUCCUUAAUCAUGAACCCAGACCUUGAACCCUCACAAUGGACUUUAAAGCACCGUCACUCCUAUCACUUAGUUUGUCGACUCUGAAUCAUAUUGAAAUUGAUUCGUUUGAUUCAUUUGCUUUUUGAUUCAGUUUGGAUUCACACUGUGAAUUCUUUCUUUCUUUCUUUCUUUCUUUCUUUCUUUCUUUCUUUCUCUCUCUCUCUCUCUCUCUCUCUCUCUCUCUCUCUCUCUCUCUCUCUUUCUUUCUUUCUUUCUCGGAGCUAUAUUCUCCAGAUCGCACAUCAGCGCCGUGCUUCGGCUUGGUUUAUCUCGUCAGGCAGCGCAAUCUGAAACGCACAGCAUGAUCCGUUCACUUCAAUUCAGUCUGAUUCAAAAUCUGAUCACUUUCUCAUGAGACCAGCUCACUCAGACACGAGUUUGUUCUCACCUGUCUACAGAACCACGCACACACACACACUAAUCACUGUGUAUGUGACGGUACACUAACUCUCAUCACUGGUCCUGAACUGAACCCUGGGAAGGAGUCGUCAUUUUAUUCAGUGUAGAAAUCCCAAUUUCUACAUUAAAUUUUUUUAACUCACUGUGUAAAUAGAACUGUCUUCUUUGAUUUCAUUCUGAAUUUCACUACAUGACAUGACAGGAGAUUUGUUCUCAGUUACGUUAUAUUAUUUUUAUUUUUUAUAAAUCUGUGAAUAUUUAUGGUUUAACUUUUCGAGUUUCGACUUGUUCCUACAGGGCGACACACUUCAACUAAAACAACAAACUUGAAUAAAAUUCUACAGGUGUAAAUGUGGAUUAUUUAAAGGGGAGAGGACCAGAGAACUGUAACUUUAUCUGUUUGGCCUUCGACCUGAGAACCUCAGACAUUUGAACUGAUGGAAAACAAAAGAACAAGGAUUUUGCGUUUCUUUGUGUAUAAACCAGUUGCUCAGUAAGCAGAGUGCAGGAGUGGACCUGUGCUGUGUGCGUGUGUGUGUGUGUGUGUGUGUGUGUGUGUGUUUUAUGUCUUUCUCUCAUCAGUAAUAAAAGUUUUAAAACUGCCGAAAGAUUUUUCUUUAAGUUUGAAUGGUAUUAUUAUGUAAAUACUUUAUUGUCCAGUGUAAAUAAAUUAAUUUC